AUGUUGGACUACGACGGGGGCGGGUCCUUGGACACUUCUGAGUUCUGCGAAGGCGUCCUACGUGCCUCAACGAGUGAGACGCCCAUCGAGCUCACCCGUCUGGUGAAGCAGUGCUCUGACAUCCUCAAGCUGUGCCGCAGCGUGCAUCGCUACGUCGGGGACGCCUUCCGCCCAACCGGGCCGGAGCCGGCGCGAGGACCCCUUGACCGUCGGCUGGAUCAACUGGAGGUGAAGGUGGACAAGCUGCAGUCGGACUUGCACCAGAAGGUGGACCGAAUGCACCGGGAUGUGGCCCGAAUUCUGCACGCACUGUCGGCCCCCUCUCGCCAACACCGGGCCCAUGGUACCUGA